CCUCCCGGUCGCCCGACUGCGCAUGGCACGUUGCGUACUCCCCUCCCAGCAACCGGCCUGGCGGCGGCGCGGCAGUAAAACUGAGGAGGCGGAGCCAAGACGGUCGGGGCUGCUUGCUAACUCCAGGAACAGGUUUAAGUUUUUGAAACUGAAGUAGGUCUACACAGUAGGAACUCAUGUCAUUUCUUGUAAGUAAACCAGAGCGAAUCAGGCGGUGGGUCUCGGAAAAGUUCAUUGUUGAGGGCUUAAGAGAUUUGGAACUAUUUGGAGAGCAGCCUCCGGGUGACACUCGGAGAAAAACCAAUGAUGCGAGCUCAGAGUCAAUAGCAUCCUUCUCUAAACAGGAGGUCAUGAGUAGCUUUCUGCCAGAGGGAGGGUGUUACGAGCUGGUCACUGUGAUAGGCAAAGGAUUUGAGGACCUGAUGACUGUGAAUCUAGCAAGGUACAAACCAACAGGAGAGUACGUGACUGUACGGAGGAUUAACCUAGAAGCUUGUUCCAAUGAGAUGGUAACAUUCUUGCAGGGCGAGCUGCAUGUCUCCAAACUCUUCAACCAUCCCAAUAUCGUGCCAUAUCGAGCCACUUUUAUUGCAGACAAUGAGCUGUGGGUUGUCACAUCAUUCAUGGCAUACGGUUCUGCAAAAGAUCUCAUCUGUACACACUUCAUGGAUGGCAUGAAUGAGCUGGCGAUUGCUUACAUCCUGCAGGGGGUGCUGAAGGCCCUCGACUACAUCCACCACAUGGGAUAUGUACACAGGAGUGUCAAAGCCAGCCACAUCCUGAUCUCUGUGGAUGGGAAGGUCUACCUGUCUGGUUUGCGCAGCAACCUCAGCAUGAUAAGCCACGGGCAGCGGCAGCGAGUGGUCCACGAUUUUCCCAAGUACAGCGUCAAGGUUCUGCCGUGGCUCAGCCCUGAGGUCCUCCAGCAGAAUCUCCAGGGUUAUGAUGCCAAGUCUGACAUCUACAGUGUGGGAAUCACAGCCUGUGAACUGGCCAACGGCCAUGUCCCCUUUAAGGAUAUGCCUGCCACCCAGAUGCUGCUAGAGAAACUGAACGGCACAGUGCCCUGCCUGUUGGAUACCAGCACCAUCCCCGCUGAGGAGCUGACCAUGAGCCCUUCGCGCUCAGCGGCCAACUCUGGCCUGAGUGACAGCCUGACCACCAGCACCCCCCGGCCCUCCAACGGCGACUCGCCCUCCCACCCCUACCACCGAACCUUCUCCCCCCACUUCCACCACUUUGUGGAGCAGUGCCUUCAGCGCAACCCGGAUGCCAGGCCCAGUGCCAGCACCCUCCUGAACCACUCUUUCUUCAAGCAGAUCAAGCGACGUGCCUCAGAGGCUUUGCCUGAAUUGCUUCGUCCUGUCACGCCCAUCACCAAUUUUGAGGGCAGCCAGUCUCAGGACCACAGUGGAAUCUUUGGCCUGGUAACAAACCUGGAAGAGCUGGAGGUGGACGAUUGGGAGUUCUGAGCCUCUGCAAACUGUGCGCAUUCUCCAGCCAGGGAUGCAGAGGCCACCCAGAGGCCCUUCCUGAGGGCCGGCCACAUUCCCGCCCUCCUGGGCAGAUUGGGUAGAAAGGACAUUCUUCCAGGAAAGUUGACUGCUGACUGAUUGGGAAAGAAAAUCCUGGAGAGACACUUCACUGCUCCAAGGCUUUUGAGACACAAGGGAAUCUCAACAACCAGGGAUCAGGAGGGUCCAAAGCCGACAUUCCCAGUCCUGUGAGCUCAGGUGACCUCCUCCGCAGAAGAGAGAUGCUGCUCUGGCCCUGGGAGCUGAAUUCCAAGCCCAGGGUUUGACUCCUUAAAGCCGAGGACCGCCACCUCUUCCCAGUGCUUGCAACCAGCCUCAUUCUAUUUAACUUUGCUCUCAGAUGCCUCAGACGCUAUAGGUCAGUGAAAGGGCAAGUAGUAAGCUGCCUGCCUCCCUUCCCUCAGACCUCUCCCUCAUAAUUCCAGAGAAGGGCAUUUCUGUCUUUUUAAGCACAGACUAAGGCUGGAACAGUCCAUCCUUAUCCCUCUUCUGGCUUGGGCCCUGACAUCUAAGUCUUUCCCACGGUUUAUGUGUGUGCCUCAUUCCUUUCCCACCAAGAAUCCAUCUUAGCGCCUCCUGCCAGCUGCCCUGGUGCUUUCUCCAAGGGCCAUCAGUGUCUUGCCUAGCUUGAGGGCUUAAGUCCUUAUGCUGUGUUAGUUUCGUUGUCAGAACAAAUUAAAAUUUUCAGAGACGCUG